CUUUCACCCACUUUAGUGGAACACGCUCAGCAACCUUGCUCACUUGUUUCAUGAUGUCUUUGAUAACAUUGUGGAUCUUAUGGUUAGUCAUGGUCUUCUUCUAUAGAUUUACAGUGUUGCAGCCAUCAUGGACAACCAGUGGAUGAGAGCACCUAGGUGGUCAGUCGAGUAUGAUGAAGGCCUUCACAACUUUAUAGAAUUUUCCUUUGCCACAUCAGCCCAACAGAAUAGGAUACCUUGUCCUUGCCGUGAUUGUGGAAAUAAUUACUGGCUAGAGGCAAAAGAUGUUCGGGAACACUUAGUUUGCAUUGGGUUCAUGGAUGGAUAUUCAUCAUUGAUUCAUCAUGGUGAGGCCAUGUCAUCUGUACCGAGUCCUGGUUUGCACUCACAAUCAGAAGAUGACGAUGCUGAGGUUGAUCCAAUGGAACAGAUGCUAAUAGAGGGUUUUGGGAUGUAUGAUGCCCGUGCUUUAGGGGAAGAAGAGGGAUUUGAGGAUGAGGAUGAUAUUGAUGCUGAAGCAUACUAUAAGUUGGUCCGUGAUGGGAGCCAAGAAUUGUAUCCAGGCUGCAAGACAUUCUCGAAGCUGCAAUUUCUCAUUAGGCUCCUUACCUUAAAGAAUCGAUGGAGGGUGAGCAAUGGUUGUUUUCAUGAACUCUUGCCCUUAAUUAAGGACGCACUUCCAGAGGGUGAGGUGUUGCCAAAGAACUUUCAUGAGGCCAAGAUAUUUGUGAAGGCUAUUGGAAUUGGUUAUCAUUGCAUUGACGCUUGCAGAAAUGAUUGCAUAUUGUUUAGGAAAGAAUAUGCCAAUGCCAACUCAUGUCCAGUGUGUAAAUCAAGUAGGUGGAAGAGUGUGAAAGGUGGAGUUGAUGGAAGACGUGUCCACAGAGUUCCUGCAAAGGUGGUUCGACAUUUUCCACUGAAAAAGAGGCUCCAAAGGUUAUUCAUGUCUUCAAAGACAGCGCAUAACAUGAGGUGGCAUAGCCAAAGUCGCACAAAAGAUGGCUUGCUACGUCAUCCGGCAGACUCUCCAGCAUGGAAGAAUUUUGAUGCCACACACGGAUGGUUUAGUUCAGAGAUUAGAAAUGUUAGGCUUGGGUUGGCAACAGAUGGCUUCAACCCUUUUGGGAACAUGAAUGUGUCCUAUAGUGUAUGGCCUAUCAUCUUGAUCCCGUACAACCUUCCUCCUUGGGUUUGCAUGAAGCAAUCAAAUUUUAUUCUAUCUGUUCUUAUCCCGGGUAAAAGGGCUCCAGGAAAAGAUAUAGAUGUCUAUAUGCAAUUAGUGAUUGAUGAUCUCCUUGAAUUAUGGAAGCCUGGUGUGAUGACUUAUGAUGUAUCUUCUAACAAGAAGUUUCGCCCACAUGCUGCACUACUAUGGACAAUAAGUGAUUGGCUUGGACGGGGAGUAUUAUCUGGAGAAAGUAUAGCAGCAUGCUCCCAUUGUCUCAUAGACACAUGUUCACUUCGGUUGAAACAUGGGCAUAAGACCUGCUAUAUGGGACAUCGUAGAUUCUUAGAUGCUGAUCACAGGUUCAGAUUUCAAGCUAGAUUAUUUGAUGGUACCCAGGACUUUCAUGGGCCUCCAGUUCAACUUUCAGGACAGGAAAUAUCUGAAAUGACAAAAGACAUGGUAACAGUAUUUGGAAAACUACAAAAGGAUAAGAACAAGAAGAGAAAGAGGAAUGAUGAAGCCGAGGAAGUUAAUGAGAAUGACUUAUCAAAAGUAUUCAAAAAGAGGUGUUGCUUAUUUCAAUUGCCAUACUGGAAGACACUUCUUGUACGCCACAACAUUGAUGUCAUGCAUACAGAGAAAAAUGUCUGUGGUAACAUAGUGAAUACAUUUCUUGAUGUUGACAAGAGAUCAAAGGAUAAUUUGAAUGCUCGCCUUGACCUCCAGGAAAUGGGCAUACGACCAGAUCUUCACCCACAGAUAGAGGGGAAUAAAUCAUACAUACCUCCUGCACUAUAUUCUCUGAGUCCAAAUGAGAAAAGGAUGUUCUGUCAGGUUCUGAAAGAUGCAAGGUUCCCUGCUGGAUAUGCAUCCAACUUGCAGAAUAAGGUUCUUAUCGAGGAGAAGAGACUAGUUGGGUUAAAGACUCACGAUUGUCAUAUUAUAAUGUGUGAUCUGCUGCCCUUAGUUGUUAGCAAAAUUUUACCAGAUAGAGUUUCAUUGCCACUCGUUCGUCUAAGCAAUUACUUUAAGAAAUUGUACUCAAAGGUUAUUUCUGUUAGUGAGAUUGAAAGAUUGGAAGCAGAGAUACCUGAGAUUUUGUGCCAAUUAGAAAAGGUCUUUCCUCCUGCUUUCUUUGAUAUCAUGGUCCAUUUGACUAUCCACCUUGCUACAGAAGUAAGGCUUGCUGGACCAGUGCAUUAUCGGAAUAUGUAUCCUAUUGAGAGAUGUCUAUCUAAGUACAAAUCCAUGGUUACAACUCGCAGCCAUCCUGAAGGAGCAAUAGCUGAAGGUUACCAGUUCAAUGAGAGUAUGACAUUUUGCUCACGAGAACAUCUAAAUGAGCUAUCUUCAAAUAAACGAAAAAAUAAACGUGAAAUUGAACGUGCCCAUCAUAGCAGCUUCCACAAUUGGUUUUCAGACCAUGUUCAAGGGUUGAUAUCUAGGGGUAAGGAGAUCUCUGAUGAAGUGAAGCUCCUAGCACACAAGCCUUAUAUGAUGGUCAAAAAGUACAACAGCUACUCUCUUAAAUCUGAGAAGAACAAGGCCACUAGAGCAAUGCAACUGAAUCGAAGGCACACCACUGGAUCGAGAAGCAAUGCAGUUGUUUUAGAUCAAAUGGAACUAAAGGAAGGAAGACAAAUAGGCCGUGCUGAGCUCUAUAUAGCAACACAUACCAGAAAAAAUGGACAACCAAUUGAUGAUUACAGCUUUGAAAAAAUUGAUGAAAUCCGAAGAAGAUUUCAAGAAGACCCUUCUUUGGCUGCUGAGGAUACUCAUGACAAUGAUUUAUUCUCAACAUUGUUCCCAAAAGAGAGGAGUGGAAGGAGGACUGGCCUUGGCCUGUUAGCAGGUGGUGUGGGCUCUGCUCGCAUAUCUGAAGCUUUAUUUGAAAUGCAGGAAGUGAAGGAAGAAAAUAAAAAGCUUUGGGAUGUGGUCAAAACACUAAUGUCAAAUCAAUCUAAGUUGCAGCAGCAAUACAGUGAACUGAAAACUCAAGUUUCAGGCUCCCAAAAGUGCUCCUCUGUUGAAACUAGUCCAAGGGUUGGUACAGUAGAUGGGCAACAUUUGCAUGAGAAGAAAGAUGAUAAUCAAGAAUCAAUUUCACAUUCAAAUAAGAGACAUGGAGUAGAACUUGAGGAAAUUGAAAAUGUUAGGAUGCAAAGUCUGCAAAAAAUAAAGAAAGAGACAUCACAACACACAUUUCUGGGAAAUACCAAGGACAAGACACCUCCACAAAGUCUUCCAGAGCCAUCGAAGAAACCAAGAAAGUUUCAGGCACCACUUACUAAGGAUGAUAUGAAAGAUAUAAAGUGUGGUAUGGAGAUUGGUCUCACAUCUCCAAAUAGUAAAAAGCUGGUGGCACUAGGGACUGUUCAGAAAACUGAUAGGCAAGCUAAAGCUAAUGAUGGUCAACCAUUGGCGGAUUAUAUUGAGGUACUAGUCAGUAUUGUUUAUAAACAAACAACCAUAUUGCCUCGUUCACAUGGGAAGAUACAAAAUCUGGGAAGUGCUACUGCUCGCUGCAUACCAUGGCCUUGGCAAAAUAUCAUUUGUAGAGAUGGCACUCCAUUGCACUCUAAACAGGUUUGUAGCCCCAUUAGCAAAAUCACCCCAAACACAAGAGGAACUGUAGGACCAAAAAGGUCAACAUCAAAAGCUGAUGCUACAAGGUUGGACAAAGGCCAAGUUGCUUCACAGGGUUUGCUAGAAAAGAAGCAAGCAAAGAGGAAUGUGAGUAAAGAAGAAACAGAGCAACUUACAUCAUCCAAGUAUGUAGAGGGCCACAAAAGCAACAUACAUAUAACAACGUCUCGAUGUUAGUACAAUUAAAAGAGCAAUUGACAAGUGAGGACAACAGACAUGUAUAUAGCUGGAUGUGGGCAUGUCAUUUUCAAGCAGGAGUAACAUAAUUUGGUUCCUGGACAUUGAUGGCCAGUACUGUGGCAACAUAGUAUAUUUAGAUGGAUUUAUACUUACAUAUGUAUAUAUAUAGCUGUGAUGUGGACACUCUUAUAAAAGGAGAAAGAAACUUGAAUCAGGAAUGGGGACCUAGAUACCAGGACUUGGAACAUCAAUUGAAUUGACUAUUUUUCAACCUUAUUGAUUGUGUUUGGUUAACAUCAUUUGAAUUGACUAUUUUUCAACCUUAUUGAUUGUGUUUGGUUACAAAUAUAACUGUGUAUAGCCUGAAAGGUUAAAUGUUUGGAUCAUGUUGUUAACGUGUAUUUUCAUUGGUUAAUUUCUCAA